AUGCACGCAGAACAGAUGAACCGACGCGCGCAACAUGUUCUCAAAGCCAAGGCCAAGAACACCGAUCUGCCAUACUGCGAUGAAAUCCGGUACGACACCAACGGUUACGUCGCUGAUCCGCCUUCGGAUCAUCGACUGUCCGAUGCCUUGGUCUUCCUAAUUAUCGCACAAAACACAGUCGCAGCCCGUUAUCGCCAUGCGAGAUGGCCUGCAGAUUUCGAUUGUGCGGGCGACAUCUAUGCAGAUCGGUGGCCAAUGGGCCAUUCUGUUAGACUUUUGGGAUUCCCUUCGUUGCCGUUUACGCUGAUUAUUAUAUUAUGA